AUGGACAACAUAACAGCACUAACAUUCACAAUGACUGCAUAUGCUGUCAUGGAAAACUACAAACAUGGCAUAUUUACUGUAUUCCUCCUGCUGUAUCUUGUUAUUGUUGUCUUGAAUUCACUGCUCAUUACUAUCGUACUCCAAAACAAGGAGCUGCAUCAGGCAAUGAACGUGUUCACAUGUAUGUUAUCCGUUAACGAACUAUAUGGCAGUUCUGCACUGCUGCCUGCUAUAAUGUCUGUGCUCUUAUCUGACACACAUGAAAUACCUGUGAAGUGGUGUAUGGCUCAAGUCUAUUUCCUACACACGUAUGCAAGCUCUGAGUUUUGUGUUUUAGCUGUUAUGGGGUAUGACAGAUAUGUUGCCAUCUGUUACCCGCUACAUUACCACAGCAUCAUGUCUAAUUCAAAGGUAAUUAGGCUUGUUGCAUUAGCAGCUCUAUACCCAACCAUUGUUUUUGGAUGUUACUACACACUUACCUUACAGCUGAGCUUCUGUGGAAAAUUCAUCCCAAAAUUGUACUGUGUGAACAUGGAGUUGGUCAAAAAUUCAUGUUCAAAUGUAUCUUACAUAAGUAUUGUGGGACUUCUGCUCAUUCUGGCUUUGGUGUUGCCUCAGGUUCUGAUGAUUGUUUUCUCUUAUGUACAAAUUUCAAGAGUGUGUAGGAAAUUACCAAGAGAGUCACAGAUAAAUGCACUUAAAAAAUGUAUCCCACAUUUGUUAUCUUUGCUAAACUACACCAUCUGUUCCUUAUUUGAAAUUAUCCAAACUAGAUUUGACAUGAGUCGUGUCGCUCUCGAAGUGCGGAUCUUCCUGUCUUUAUACUUUGUUAUCAUUCCACCAGUUGCAAACCCAGUGCUGUAUGGACUUGGUACUCAAGUAAUAAGAGUUCAUUUACUGAAACUGUUUAUUAGACACAAGAUCCUGCCAACAAAGGCAGUAAGUCAGUGA